AGAGAGAGAGAGAGAGAGUCAUGCCGGGCAAGCCGUGCCACUAUGAUGUUCUUGGCCUUGAGCGAGGUGCGAGUGAUGAGGAUAUCAAGAGGGUGUACCGCAAGCUGGCGCUCUUUUGGCAUCCGGACAAAAACCCACCGGAGACAAGAGAGGAGGCAGCAGAGGUGUUCAGGCUAGUCACAGAGGCGUACGCUGUACUGGGAGAUCCGAAGCGGAGAGAAAAGUACGACCGCGAGGGUCACCCGCCGACGGCUAGCGCGGCUGGUUCCGCCGCAACAGACAAACGCUCAAGCGCUGGUGUCGCCCCUACCACCCCACCUGUCCCCGCUUCCCCUCCUGCUGCACCCACCUACCCUCCAGCGCCUGCUUCUCAGCAAGGGCAUGGCGGGUGGGGUGUCCCCGGUGGUGAGGGGGCAUGGCAAGGCAUGCCAGUCGGUGGUGGAUACGACCAGGGCGUCGGUGGUGGCUACGACCAGGCCUGGAUGCAACAUCAGCAGCAGCAGCAGCAGCAGCAGCAGCCAUACCCGUUCCAGCAUGCUCCCUCCCCGUUCAUGCAUCAACAACAGUUCCAUCAAGGCGGCCACUUUCCCCCGCCGCCUGAGAGUGCCUACGCCUACGGCAACCAGUUCGUCCAGCAGCCAUAUCCCUUUCAGCAGCAGCAACAGCAGUACCAGCAGCACGCGCCGCCUUCGUGGAGCGGGUACAACUUCGAUGACCGUGGCGCGGGCAGCUACGGCGCUCCCGCUUCAGCUCUCGUAGCGCCAUCCCUACCCCCCGAACCUUCCUCGGCGCGCCCUUCGACGGAACUGGCGUUGCAGGAAGACUCGCCCCCGGCGGCGGGGGCUGGCACUUACCCCAACGGGUUUCCGCACCAGGCAGCUGCGCCUCUUGGCACGGUCGCGCCUCUUGGCAUGGUCGCCCAUCACGGCGGCGGUGGGUUCCCACACCCCGGAGCUCAGUCGUACGCCCUGCCUCCGGCGGCCGUGGCGCCGCCGAGCACCUACCCGCCAAGCUCCGAGCACGUGAGCACACUUCCUCCGGCUUCCCAGGCGCCGCUUAGCACCUACCCGCCUAGCUCGGAAUCCUCGGAUAGCUCGGAGUCGGAGGACGGCGACCAGGACCUUGCCGUUGCUCGUUCUGAGCCACGUACCGCGGAACGCAGCGUGGCAACAACCGAGUCGCGUACCCCGGAGCGCAGAGUGGCGACAACCUCCGGGCGCAGUAUUUUCCGCCGCGGCUCUAAGAAGACACCCUACCCAACGGAAACACGUUACGUACCGCCCCAGCCCGAGCGACUGAACGGAAACUACUACCCGAAGGAGACACGGAGGCAGGGGGAGGAGCAGCGGCCGCAGCAUUACGAGAGACCCGGUCUAAGUCGCGGUAGUUCUGGGUUGGUGCUUCAACUUCGUGUCGGGGCGAAGCCGCGUGACGGGGCGCCACCGCCACCGACUUCUGUGGGUCCCAGACGCAGCAGCAGCACCAAUUCUCGGGGUGGCUCUGACGGCAGCAUGGGCGGGCUUUUGCAGGAGGUGGACCGCAUGUUUUCCACCGUUAUGGGAGGAGGCUUGUUGGGCGGUGGGAUCAGCUUGGGCGUAGACGGGGAACGCUCUGGCAGGGGCCAAAGCCGCGGCUUUAGCGUUGACAGCGGUAGCAGUCGAGGGGCUGGAGGCGGAGCUACACGGGCCUCCAUGAUGUCCAGCCACACGGUGGUAGACGGAAGGUCCAGGACUCUAUUUGCCCGCACGGAACGGACCGUGGUGAACACCGACGGGACGCGGGAAACCAAUGUCCAAGAGUACGUGAACAACCGGGACGGGGGUGGAUCGUACAAAGGGAGAGGGACGAGCGCUAGCGGCAGCCAUAGGUCGUCGGGAAGUGAACGAGCUCCGUCGGCGGCAGGUCAAAGCGAAAGCGGCAGGAGCGCUACCUCCAGCAGGAGGCACAGCUUGAAGAGCUUGUUUGGGAGAUGAAAAUGCAACGGCCGUCUUCCAUGGACAGCGGAGAUAUUGGCGAUAUGAGCGUGCUAUGUAGGCCUGAGAGUGGGUCUUCUUCUUUGUGCUUUCACGUUUCGUAUGGAAAAUUUGCAUGCAGUACUGUCCGACGUGCUUGUUUUUGUGGGUAGAUUGUUCCACAACUGUCUGUUUGCUGUAUCUCUUCAUGAACUUUUUAAUGAAAUUUCAUUUGCGAGCGACCUGCUGAGGAGAGCAAGAACGCAGCCGUGUCGAAAUCGAAGGGGGCAUAUCUAAUGGGAGUAUGUAGACAGGCUUACAUGCUUUGAAAACGCUGCCAAGUGUUCUUGGGCGGAUGUUGUGUGGCAAGUAGGCAAGGCGUUCUUGAAGGGAGGCCUCCCUUGUAGCACGUCCACUGGCUUCUGCCCGGUUACCUAGCAUGCGGGUUUCAAGGGGAAAUGAGACGAUACAGCUCGUGUCGAUUUUUUAAUUUUUUUUAGUGAUUUGAAGUGUUCGUGUGCUUUGAAGGCCCCACGAUAGGUGGGGUGUCAUGAAAUUUUCGGGAACUGUUGAUUGGAUUGAAUUUUGCACAGUUCAAGGUGGGGCGCAGCUGGUUUUCGUGGUUGCAUGUUCCGGCGAGGUACAUCCGCGUGAAACACUUUUGACAUGUCAACUAUAACCGUUCCAGGGACGUUUGUCGGAUGCGCUUCUCUGACCAAUUUUUUUGCCGCUAUAUGGUCCUUGUGUUUUACAUCCUUUGUACCACAAUCUUGGUGGGCUUGUACAACAGAUCAACGUGCGGAAUGUGUUGGCACAGAGGUCGUGCUUCCUAGGUGUGAGGUUUGUUUUCGUGCGCUGUUGUUUCGAGGAAAAUCCCCCGACCAGGAGCAGUUAAGCAGUAGAACUAAGAGCUUGAUGCACACCUGCGUUUUUGAGGUACGAUGGUGCUAUCACGAGGCGGCCUUUAUUGCUUCUGGUGUUAGCACUUCUGAAUUUGAACCUUGUAGAUUGGGGAGGCGAAGGGUUCAUUCCAUUGGUUCUGUUCUGAUUUGUUUCUGGUUUCGAGAUCUCUUGCAUUUUUCACACCGCCAUGCCAGAUGGUUUAUAAGUUCACUUGUCCGGGGGGCGUUCAUUUACGGUGUUGCUCUGACCGCGAAAGACGCGGGAAGCACUCGCUUUUUUACAAUAUUCGUUCAUGCAGCGAUGCCCGCCAUUUUUCAUGAGUCC